AAAGAAAAAAAGAUUGCAGUAGAAAAUUAUAGAAAAGACAGAAGACUCGGCUUCUCUCUUCUCUGAGCAGAGGCACCUUGUAUUGUAUUCCGGUUAGGAGAGGGAAUAAAAAUACAGAGAGAGAGAGAGAGAGAGACAUAUAUUCUUCCCCGGAGUUUUCUUGAAUAACUUUUUGUUCUGGAUUUUCCCGAUUGAUUUUUGUGGGAAUAUAUCAUCAUCGUACUUGUAAAUCGUCCGAACUUACUGAACAGAGCUUUGGUAUCAGUUUCCGUUCCCUUUUUGUGUCUGAGUUUUCCCAGAAUAGCAUAGAAACAUAGAUUGACUGGUUUAUUUAUUAUCUAGGUGAAUUAAAUUUAGCCAGGCUUCCGUAAAAAAAGAAUCAAUCUAGGGAUCAAACUCCGUUGGAUUUCCGAUCAUCCGGAGAGGGUAUUAUUGUCUUAGAUUAAUUGAAUUUGGAUAUAUUUGAGUGUUCCGAUCUGGGGAGGGUUCCGGCGAUUAUGGAUACGAGUUCGGAGACUAUGGAUAAAUGGAGGGACUAUUUCCGGAGUGCGAAUUCCGACAUCUUUGGUAUCAUCGAGUGCGCGGUUAUGGUGGCGGCCAUGGAUUGCCCCAAGGAGUUCAAAUUGAGGAGGGAUCGAAUUGCUGAGAUGCUCUUCACGUGCAAAGCCACGAGGUGCUCCGGCUGCAACAACGUUGAAUUGGCUUUGCCCAACGAGGACGACGAGGUCAAAGAGAAGCGGAAGUUCGGCCGGGAAUUCGAGAAUGGUGCGAGUAAAGAGAGCAAAACCAGUGAGAGCCUGGAUGAUCGUGCGGAGAUGGAGAUGAAUGUGAAGCAGGUCAGCAAUUACAGCUAUGGUGAUGCUGAGGCAUUGACUGAUGAGAUUGAGGAAGAGUCUUUGACUGUCCGGGAGGUCUUGAGGAUCAAGGGGGUUCUCGAUAACUACGAAGAAGAGUCUGAUGCUAUAUUGCUUGAUUCCCUGAGGAGGCUUCAAUUGAUGGAUUUGUCUGUGGAGACACUCAAGGCCACAGAGAUUGGGAAAACUGUAAAUGGUCUACGAAAACAUGGAUCUAAACAGAUUAAGCAUCUUGUCCGGACAUUGAUCGAGGAUUGGAAGGUCAUGGUAGAUGAGUGGGUCCAAGCUACAGCAGCCAUUACAGAAAGCACUCCAGAGUCUGUAAAAGCAUCAGUUGUUGAUGAAGAGGAGGAGGAGGAGGAGGGACUUCCUUCUCCACCCUUGGAUGAGGGUGCUUUCUUUACGACUGCUUCAAUGGAUUUUUCACAGUUCUUUGACGGCAUGGACUUUGAUGGAAAUCCUCAAAACAGUGGGGAAUUCAACAAGAACCAUGAAAAUGGCAGAAAGCCCUCGGUGGAGAACCAUAAUAUUCCUGUUAGGAAACAACAAUUUAAUGACAGGCCAAAUGUUACUCCCAGAGACUUUAAGAAUGAACCACCGAAGAAGCAAGAAGUCGUAAUGAAGAAACAGGCAACUGACUCUAAGCUAAAUAAGCCUUCUGCUGGUGACUUUGGGCCAGGAAGACCAACAAGACCAGCUGUCGAGCAAAAGUUCCAGCAGAAACCAGAUAAAAGCAAGCUUCAGAAGAGGCCGGUUGUUUCCAACCAAAAUAAGUUAAAGACUUCAGAUGAGGAUUCAGUUCAAGCGAAAUUGGAAGCGGCAAAGAGGAAACUACAGGAACGCUACCAAGAAGCUGCAAAUGCCAAGAAGCAGCGGACGAUACAGGUUAUGGAAUUGCAAGACAUCCCAAAGCAAGGUCAAGUCCAUAAAAAUCCUUAUGCAAGACCUGGCAACAACAGGCAUUGGGCAAAUGGGCGUCGAUGAGUGUCUGCAUCAGCUGGACAAUGUUGCCAUACCGCCACAAAGUUCUUCGACCUUUGUUGAAGAAGAGAGAUAACUCCUCUCCAUACCAUAUGCUACACUCUCUCUUUGGAGGAUCUUAUCUAACUCAUCUCAUAGAGAGGCCGCUCUAAAAAUAAGAGUGGCAUGUUUUCGGAACCAUAGUCACUACUCUCAUUGUUACCAUCUAUUCAUGUAUAGUGUUUUCUGAACAAAGGAGAGCAUGGUACAUGUUUUGUAACCCUCUCUUGCCCUAGUGUCAUUUUGGUGACUUUCUCAUAAAUUGACCUUAAAUGGGCAAAUGACCAAUGUUUUUACAGUGCACUUGAACUGAACCCUCAUCCAAAUGCAAUAGAAAAGUUGGUCAAUUCUGCUUUUGUUACCCAUUCAAGAAUUGGCUGAUAAUCUUUUGUUUAGCUAAUCAUGUGGUAGCCUUAUGAAAGGUAAUCUGUGCCAUGAUUAGGUGCAUAUGGUGUUAACUUUUGCAUGGGGAAUAUAUGUUAAAGAUUUUGGUGAUUGUUUGGUAAGCUUUGGAUGGCAUUAUCAACAGGCAACACAAGUUGGUGGGAA